GUUUGGCUAGCGAAAAGUGAGUGACAGGACUGACAGGAUGCGCAUAAUUUCUGCUCCCUGGUCUCUUUAAAUUACAGAACCAAGGAAAGUCUACUUGCCCUAUCCGUAAGAAGAUGGGCGCACGGCAUCGCAAGUUGCUGCAGACGGGGUCGUUGGGAAAAACUCAAGCUACGGGAGGUUCGCAGAAACCAGCCGCGGUGAAGACGGAGGUUUCCGAGCCCGACGGAAAUGAUGGUGUUGACAACUCUGCGGCUGGUGCUCCCCCAGAGGCUUCCGUUGACAGUGGAGAAACAAAAGACGACGCAGCAAAGCCGGGCGGCAAAGCGACGACAGCGAGCGGAAAAGAAAAGCAAGAGUGCAACGGCGACGCUGAUCAAAAAAAGAAGAAGACGGUUAAAAGGCAGGCGGCCUGUCCGCUGCUGGAUGAGCAGAGGUUGAAAUUACGGGAGUACCACCGUCGUUGGACACCGGGCACGUACCACCCACAAUGGACUGAUCAAUGCAUGUAAGUACAAUUCAACCUUUACUGUGGCGUUGAACAUAGAGAAGGUAAUGCUGCGUCACUUGCGCGGCUGGCAGCGAUGGUUUCUUAUUCUUCCCCAUCGAAGUCGACAUGAAUGUAUUAAGAAAACACGAACACAAACAGCCUCGAGAUUCCGAUAGGGGAGAGUGGAGAUUGGGAGCUGAAAAUACCGAUGCCGUUUAACGGCUUCGUAGCCGCUAUCAAAUGUAAAAAUGUCUGGGUCUGGAAGAAUGCAACUUGUCAUGCUAAAUCUGAAGCAUGCAAAAAUCUGUGUUGCAUGAUUACCAAAAGUCGCCCAGUUUUGACCAAGUCGCGAGGGAGUUUCUCAUGCAGGAUAGGCAUGAGAGAGAUCGCGCAGAAUCUGUCAGGCUAGGUCCUGCAUACCAGACCUCAUGGGUCAUGGAAAAGCUGCAUGACAAGUCGCGCAUUCCUCCAGACCCAGACAUUUUUACAUUUGAUAGCCGCAGCCCUGACUGUUGCGGGCAUCUUCUUUUACACAUGGUACGUAUGGCGAUGUACCUGUAUUUUUUUUUCGCGCGCGGCCGACAUCAUUGAUACAUGGAAACGUUCAAUCUACAAGGCACUAAUGUUCCGGAGAACAAUCAAAGAAACAUCAAUGUCAAUCAGGUAUUUCGAGGACAUCUGGUACGGCGGUGGUGCUUUCAUUGCUCAUUUUGCGUUUUUCCCCUAUUUCGAUGGAGAACCGUCGGAACACCAGCGGAAGCUUGGGUGGGACUACUAUUACAAGAGGAACCCCAAGGAGAUGCCGAAAGACUGGGAGUUCUCCGUGGACAGCGACGUGGAAAUGGAAGUUAAGACUGAUGAGGACAAGGAAAAGAAGGAAAAAGAUAAAAAGCCGACUGCCCUCGCCAUUGAGAACAAGGAGGGCGAUGGCCCUGGGUCUGCGGGAGAAACCGAAGGAGAGGCGGAUAAAAAGACGGGCAACGAGCUGUCCGACGAGAAGGAGAUUGAAAAUGAAAGCGAAGAAGCAGAAGCAACUGAAAAUGAUAGCAGCAGUGAGCAGGAAGAGCAGGGCGACGGCAGUACGGAUGAGGGCGCUGCUGGCGGUGACGUGGAAAGCGUCACAAUGGCUUCGGAAACUGGCUUGGAAGUAAGCAAGGGGGAGGAAGAGGACAAAGACGCCGAAGUGACUUUGCGGGAGCGAAAUGUGGCCGGGGUGACGAACGCUACGCUGUUGGAGUCGGAAUGAAAGGAGAGCAGUGCUCCGUGGUCUUUGUAGUGGUCGUGUCUUUCUAUUGGUGAGUAAACAGUAACAGUAACAGUAAAAGUUCUACGAGUGACUUAGAAAGCUGAAGAAAUAAAGGUCUUUAUCGAGGUACUGCUGCUGCAAAAGCAAUCAGGAUUUUUGUAGAUGGUCCGUGAAAUAAUCAAAUAAAAGUAGAGGGUUUGUCUUGAAAUGUAGAGUGCUCUAGUAGAGCUAUUGAAAAACCAACGCCACGAGUUUUAGUACGUGUCAUCAUGAGCGACGUGCACAAUCAAUAAUUGCAAUGCGCGACAAACCGACCC